AUGAUGGAGUGUAGCUUGUGCAAUCAAAUCAAGCAACCUACUAAAGAACUGAAUCCAUGCUACCCGUGUGAUUCCUGUAGAAACUUAAUUUGUUUGGAAUGCUCCAAAUUAACUGCAUCUGAAAUAAGAUGCUUACCAUUAUCUUGUCGUGUCCUAAAAAUCCAGUGCAUUAAGUGCCUUAAUUAUGAAUUUAUUGAACUUUUGCGUGACCAAAUCAAUGAUAAAUGCCAAAUAUUAAAGGACAAAGAGGACAUUAUUGAAAUACUGAAAAGUAAAAUUACAGACUUGGAAAAUAGAAUUAGUGAAUCUGCUAACCAUGGCGCUUCUACAUCUACCUAUGCUCAUAUUGCCAAAAAUAAUACGAAGAAUGUGAAAAACAAUCGUCCUAAGAUAAUUAUUAGACCAAAAAUGCGUCAGAAUCGACAGAAAACAAAGGAAGACAUUGAGGGGGAGGUUAAGCUACAAAAUUUAAAAAUAGGUGUACAAAAAACAACUACAGUGCAACCUCGAUAA